AUGGUUGGGUUGGAGCUCGUUCCCAUAGGUACAAUUUUGACAGUGGUAACUAACCAAGUUUUGAAAACAGCUCAGGCAGCAUCUGAUGUUCUUAUUGGUAAAGAAAGUUUCAAGGCCCUUUCAAAACAUCUAUUUGAUAUUGAGCCAGUGCUAAAGGAAUUGCAGCUUCAAGAAUUGAAUGACUCUCAAGCCGCAAGGGUUGCUCUUGAGUCUCUUGAAGCAGAUGUUAAGAAGGCAAAUAAUUUGGUGGAUAAGUAUAAGAACCGUGGCCGUUUUUACUUACUGAUUAAGUGUCGAUCCAUAGUUGAGGAGGUUGAACAAGUCACAAGGGAUAUUGGCAAGUCUCUGGCUGCACUGUCUAUUGCAAAUGCUGAAGUCCUAUCAAGAAUUUCUGAUCAGGUCAAUAGAUUGCAAAAUGAGAUGCAAAGGGUGGAGUUUGAGGCUUCCCAGUCUCAGAUUCAAAUUGUUGACAAGUUGAACCAGGCACUUAAAGAACAGAAACUAGAUCAGGCUUUUGCAAAUGACAUGCUAGAAGAGAUAGCAAGUGCAGUUGGGGUGCCAGUGGAACCCUCAGAGAUAAGCAAAGAGUUGGCCAGCAUUAGGAAGGAAAAAAAAGAAGCUUCUGAACGGAAAGAAAGAGCUGAAUGUGUUCUGUUGGAUCAGAUCAUUCAGUUACUCUCUCGAGCUGAUGCAGCAAGGGAUUAUCAAGAAGUGGAGAGGCGAUACUUUGAAAGGGUUAAGGCGAUAGAGAAUUCAAGGGAAAAAUAUAUCCCCCCAUUCAAUCCUUUCCUUUGUUCUAUAACUGGAGCUGUUAUGGAAGAUCCUGUCAGCCUUUGCACUGGUACUACAUGUGAGAGACAUGCUAUUGAGGCUUGGUUUUACGAUGGCAACAGGAAAGAUCCAGAAACUGAACAGGUUCUUGAAGAUACUACCUUGAGGUCUAACAUUCCUUUAAGACAAUCUAUUGAAGAGUGGAGAGAACUUAAUUAUUGUCUGAAAAUAAGGUCUAUCAGGGAAAAUUUAUUAUCAUAUUCUGACCUUCAAGAAUCCAUGACCCAAAUGCAGGCUCUCGUAAGAGAGAAUUCUAUUAACAAGGAUUGGAUUUCUAUAGGAGAGCUUACUGAUAUUGUUAUCUCUAUCCUUGGGAGCUCUAAUGAGGAAGAAGUGAAGAUGAAGAUUUUGAUAACUUUGAAGGAUGCUGUAGAGGGGAAUACAAGAAACAAGGAGAAAGUGGCUGAAUCUCAAGGAUGGGAUCACAUUGUUUCCUGCUUAGGGAGUGACUCUAGCAUUUCAAAGGCAGCAAUUGAUCUGCUAUACGAACUGCUUCAAGAACAAUCUGGUUGGAAUCAAUGUCUCUGUAAAAAGCUUUCUGAUAAUCACACUGCAGUUUGCUCUCUUGUUGCCCUUUUAAAAAAUGUUGCCAACCAUUCUGCUGAGGUAGCAGAAAAGAUUUUAAUGAAGCUUUUUGAACUAAACGAGGAAACCAUUACUAUUGCUGCUAAUUUUGGCUGGUAUAAACCACUUGUUGAUCGCAUGAUUGAAGGACCGGAUUCAAGAAUAACAUUGGCAAAAACCAUAGUUAAUUUGGAGUUGAAUGAUGAAAACUUGAAACUCCUUGGCGAGGAAGGAGUUAUACCUCCUUUGCUAGAAAUGUUGUCGGGAAGCAUUGAAUCAAAAGACUUGUCAUUGUUCGCCCUGGUUAAAUUAGCAGGAUCUCAUGCUAAUAAAGGAAUUAUUGCUGCAUCUGGAGGAGUUCCUCUUAUUCUAGAUCUAAUGUUCUCCCCUCGGACACGGACAUUCAUUAUCAUUAAAUGCACUGAAAUCAUUGAGAAGCUUUCUUCAGAUGGUGAUGGAAUUGAUUUCUUUGUUGAUGGAGAUGGGAAACAACUUGAGUUAGAUUCCAUCAUCACCAAUGUGCUAGCUUUGCAGCAGAGUUCCAACUUAGGUCCCAACAUCCGUAAGCCUGCACUGCGUGCACUUCUUGGCAUUUGCAAGUUUGAGACUGGUUUGGUUAAGAAAGCAAUUCUUGCAGCUAAUGGUGUAUCUCUAAUUCUUCCACUUCUUGAUGAUCCCGACUCAGAAAUCAGGGAGACUUCCAUAAUUCUGCUCUUUUUAUUCUCUCAACACGAGCCAGAAGGAGUAGUUGAAUACCUCUUCAGGCCUAGAAGGCUGGAAGCUUUGAUCGGGUUUCUAGAGAAUGAGAAUGAUAAUGUACAGAUGGCUGCCGCUGGUUUACUUGCUAACCUGCCAAAAUCAGAACGAGAACUCACUAUGAAAUUGAUAGAGCUGGGUGGACUUAAUGCAAUCAUAAGCAUUUUGAAAACUGGCAAAAUGGAAGCAAAAGAAAAUGCUCUCAGUGCACUCUUCAGGUUCACAGACCCUACAAAUAUUGAGUCUCAGCGAGAUUUGGUUAAACACGGAAUAUAUCCUUUGCUUGUAGAUUUUCUCAACACUGGUUCGGUCACAGCAAAGGCAAGAGCAGCAGCUUUCAUUGGUGAUCUUUCUAUGAGCACUCCAAAGCUAACAGUUGUUCCCAAACCAACGGGUUGCUGGCUUUGCAGAUCAUCACGUGUUCCUUUGUGUCCAGCACACGGGAGUAUAUGCAGUGUGAACAACACAUUUUGUCUUUUGGAAGCUAAGGCCUUACCGGGUUUGAUAAAGCUGUUACAUGGGGAGGUUCAUGCAACUGCUUGUGAAGCAAUACAGACACUUUCCACAUUGGUUUUGGAAGACUUUCCUCAAGGGGGAGCUCUUGUCUUGCAUGACAAUAAUGCAAUAAGAUCCAUAUUGGACAUUUUGAACUGGGGAACUGAUUCUCUCAAGGCAGAAGCUCUAGGACUGUUGGAGAAGGUGUUUGUGUCAAAGGAAAUGGUAGAAUACUACGGAACAACAGCUAGAUCACGUCUAAUUGGUUUGACUGGCAUGAAUAUAUACGGAGAUGGUCACCUCAGGAGAAAGGCUGCUAAGGUACUAUCAUUGCUUGAACGCUAUUCAAAGUCAUCAUCAUCUGCAAUCUCAGGAGUUCUGGAGGGAAAUUAG